CACCCACCGACGCCUGUCCGUCAUCCGUACCUUCCUUCACCGGCUACUUCCGGUCAAACUUUCACCCCAAGCCUCCUUCCUUACUACCACCAACAAAACAAAAAAACCCUCAUUUCCAUCUUCAAAAAAACCACACACAGAGUCACCAAAAAGUUACUUUUUUCUGUCUUGCAGUGUUGCAACAAUUAACACCGAAGAGUUGUUGUUGUUGUUGACGAUGUUACUAAAAAUGGAAACAAAUUCAUAUAAUACGGAUAAUAUUCUAUCCGACCCGUUUUCAUCAUUAGCUGAAGAUGACAUUAACCAGAAGACUUCUUCUUCAUUAGGGUUCAUGGAGAUGCUGGGGUUUCAAGAUUAUUAUUUUGACAAUACGACGACGUACCAACAACAGCUACCACCGCUGCCGCCACCACCGACGUCAUCUUUAUCAAUGGCAGUGGAAGUACAUGCGUCAGCUGCUCAUCAAGAUAAUGGUGAUCUUGGUCAUGAUCAUAUGGAUAAUCAGGAUGAGUUUACAACCGUUGAUGAAGAGUCAUCGGUGGUGUUGAAUGGACAGCCGUCAUCACCGAAUAAUUCUUCUUCGAUCUGCACCUCACCCGCUCAUCAACGACUACACAAACCACAGUGUAUUAAAGAGAAGAAAGCAAUGAGUGGAGAUGAGAUAAAAGCAAAGAAGAAAAAGAAAGAGAAAGCACCAAGAUUUGCAUUCAUGACAAGGACCGAUAUCGAUCAUCUUGACGACGGUUACAGGUGGCGGAAGUACGGCCAAAAAGCCGUCAAAAACAGCCGUUUCCCAAGGAGCUAUUACAGAUGCACAAGUGCAUCAUGUAAUGUGAAGAAGAGGGUUGAAAGAUGCAUGACUGAUCCAUCUUAUGUCAUCACCACCUAUGAAGGCCAACACACCCAUCCAGUUGCACUUAAUUCCACACCUCUAAUUCCAUCCUAUAACAAUUACAUCACCAAUGCCGCCUUUGCUGCCACCACUGCCGCCACACCCACACCGCCUGCUAUGCUAAAACUAGAACAAGGAGGGCUUCUUCAGGAUAUGCUGCCUUGUUAUCACUGAUGAUCAACAUUCAUGCAUCUUUAUCUUUUUAUGUAUGAGGUUAAGAGAUUCAAGCAAUAGGUGCUUAUAUAUAUGCAUGGUUAAUGUUAACUUUCUAUACUAUCAGUAUAUAUAUAUUGUAAGAAUUUAGUUUUACUUCA